AUGGCACAUGAAAAGUUUAGUAUACCUGAGAACUUCACAUUAGCGCAGUCUUUGCAAUUGCUUUACUCUGUUGUCAAAAAUCAAUAUAAAAACCUAGCAGACCUAAUAAUCAAUAGCAAAGGUAAUAAGGACACAGUAACGUAUGGGAAAAUCCACAAAAACUUAGACACUUUACUGGUAUACGUCAAUGAAGGUCUACGAAAAAUUGAAAAGACUUAUACCUUAAAGAAAGGGUUAGGAAAUCUUGUAGUUGAUCAUCCUGAAUUGAGGAGCAUCAUUGAGGAUUUCCAAAUUCUUGGCCAGGAUAUAAGGAUCGCACGUCGUAAAGCAGAAACGCUUAUGGCCGAAGGAAACGGUAGUCCCUCUUUGUCAUCCUCCUCUUCCGUUUUGGGCCUUGGGACAGGAAAUGGUUUGCGUUUUCCAAAACUUUGGAGAAUGGGUUCCAAAAGAGAUAAAUUGAAAGAAGCUGACGAAAAGGAGGCUAAAAUCAACAAACAGGCUGAUAAUAUCAGACGUGCUAGGAAAUUAGAAGAAGAGAAAAAGUUAGGAGCAAAACUUCAGUAUGAGAGGGACUUAGAACUUCAAAGGGAAAAAUUGAUCGAGUUAAAGGUUAAAGAAAAGGUCGAAUUUGAAGUGGCCCAAAAGUUGGAGGAGGAGAGAGUUAAGAGAGAGGAAGAAGAACGCAAACAUAGAGAACAAGCGGAGAAAAAACGUAUAUCAACCCUGAAACAUGAGAGGAAAACAAAUUACAAAUCAAGGGCUAGCCUCGACAACUUCUCUUCCAGUAGCAAAUCUUCUGGAAAGAUUGACAACUCCCUAAUUAAAAGAAGAUCACUUGACGUUGUACGGACUUCAGGCGAAAGAGUACGAACGCCAGUAAGAAAAUCAAUGGAGGCAGCAGAAAUAGGUAUGGCUGCGCAGUUAGCCUGGUCUCAGUAUCAAAACGGGGCAAAUCAUUCAAAAGUGAGUAACAACGGAUCGCAUUCAAAUGAACUUCAGAUACGUUAUAAGCCAACACCACCUUUGAAAAAAAGGUAUGACUACAAAAAGCCAACAGUUAAUCGACCGAUUAUAAAAUCACCUACUCUUAACAGGCAAAACAGCAAGUCUUCACGGAAUAUACCCACAAAUAGCAAGCUGAAGGCUAGUAAAUCCAAUACUAACAAAGUUUCUCGUAGGAAUGAGCAAAAUUUGGAGCCUAGUUCACCAGUACUCGUUUCAGCGACAGCGGUACCUGCUGAAUCCAAACCCAUGCGUUCUAAAAGUGGUACACCCGAUAAGGAAAGCUCUGCUAGUUCAUCCCUCGAUUCCAGAAAGGAGGAUAUAUUAAAAUCAGUGCAGGGAGUAGAUCGAAACGCUUGUGAACAGAUACUUAAUGAAAUUCUUGUUACGGAUGAAAAAGUUUAUUGGGAGGAUAUCGCAGGCUUACGGAAUGCGAAGAAUUCUUUGAAAGAAGCAGUGGUUUACCCAUUUCUGCGGCCUGACUUAUUCAAAGGGCUAAGAGAACCUGUUAGAGGUAUGCUUUUGUUCGGCCCACCAGGUACAGGUAAGACAAUGAUUGCUAAGGCGGUUGCGACAGAGUCCAAUUCCACAUUUUUUAGUGUAAGUGCAUCUUCUUUGCUAUCGAAAUACCUCGGUGAAUCUGAGAAGCUGGUUAGAGCAUUGUUUUACAUGGCCAAAAAAUUGUCACCCUCAAUUAUUUUCAUAGAUGAGAUUGACUCUAUGUUAACAGCUCGCUCUGAUAAUGAAAAUGAGUCCUCGAGGAGAAUUAAAACAGAACUUCUUAUUCAGUGGUCCUCCCUAUCUAGUGCUACUGCACAAUCGGAAGACCGAAAUAAUACGCUUGACAGCAGAGUACUUGUCUUAGGAGCAACGAAUUUGCCAUGGGCGAUUGAUGAUGCAGCAAGAAGACGAUUUUCACGGAAACUAUACAUUCCUUUACCAGAUUAUGAAACUAGACUAUAUCAUUUGAAGAGAUUAAUGGCCAAGCAGAAAAAUAGCCUGCAAGAUUUAGACUAUGAAUUAAUAACAGAAAUGACCGAGGGGUUUUCUGGUUCUGAUCUUACGUCAUUAGCCAAAGAAGCGGCAAUGGAACCUAUUAGAGAUUUAGGAGAUAAGUUGAUGUUUGCGGAUUUUGAUAAAAUCAGAGGAAUUGAAAUAAAAGAUUUUCAGAAUGCUCUGUUGACAAUAAAAAAGAGCGUGUCGUCAGAAUCUCUACAAAAAUAUGAGGAGUGGUCUAGUAAAUUCGGUAGUAAUGGUUCCUGA